AUGAAUGCAUUCCUCGAGGGAAUGGUAAGAGAGGUUGAGAGUGGGGACUAUCUUAGUACUGACCAUAUGGAUAGGUUCGGAAGCAUACUGGAUGAAAACACUGAGUAUCAUCCUGUAAGCUGUUCGGCCAUUGCUGCAAUGGAAGGUGUUUCGGCUGUCGCUACACCUCACAUACAAAUUCUGUUCUCGGGGAAGAUCGACGCCAGUUCUAUCGGUCAUUGGAUUGUGGUCUUCCACGAUGGCAGUAAUUUGUAUGUGUACGACAGUCUGAACAGUGCCCACCUCACUGCAGACCAAACUAAGCUGCUCUCCCUUCUGUUCCCGGACCUAUCCAUCGUUCCAGCAUUUAUUCCCGUCCAAAGGCAAGAAAACGGUUUUGACUGCGGCGUAUUCGCCAUUGCUAAUGCUACUUCACUUGCCCUUGGCCGGGACCCAGCCAAACUGCGCUAUGAUAUACCAUCAAUGCGCCCCCAUUUGGCUGAAAUGCUGCGCACGGGUAGACUGGAUAUGUUCCCUACGCUAUCAGUGUCCUCUCCUCCUGAGCCAAUAAUCAAAGAUCCUAAUUCUACUUGUUUAAGCAUUGUCGAAUCUUUACCGCCAUUAGAAAUAAGUACCAUGUCCGUCUGUGCUCCAGUUAAAAAGGGGCCGGGUAGACCUAAAAAAGUGAAACGUGGCCGCCCUAAAACUCUUUCAACCACUAAGGAGGAGCAGAUAAAAAAUUCAAAGAAAAACAUCCUCAAGUCAACAGGGAUGCUGUUCAUCGUUACACUGAGCAGCACCCUCAAGUCAACCGAGAUGCUGUUCAACGUUACACUGAGCAGCACCCUCAGGUCCACCGAGAUGCUGUCCAGCGUUACACUGAGCAGCACCCUCAGGUCCACCGAGAUGCUGUUCAGCGUUACACUGAGCAACAUCCUCAGGUCCAUCGAGAUGCUGUUCAGCGCUACACUGAGCAGCAUCCUGAAGUUCACAGGGGUGCUGUUCAGCGUUAUACAGAAAAACAUCCUGACACAAAUUUACAAAAAUUUCUAUUCUAACCGUCUGUUCAUCGAACGAGCCCGUGCCUACAAUGACUUGUUUGCCUUCUGCGCUCUCGAGGUGACUGGGGGGUACCGUCAUCCUUCAGGCCUCGCCUUCUUUAAGAUCGAAGGUAAGAUGUACCACCAGGUUCACAGUCUGGACGCUCCAGGUCAAAAGUUUAGGACCAAGGGAGGUGAUGUCCAGUUUGUGAACCGGUGCCGCCUGUACAUAGAUGAUGGCGAGGAGCGCAAAAACAUUGCCAUGGGUAGAUCAUUGAACUCAGAAGUCAUUGAUGAAAUUAAUACAUAUCUUCUUUCCUGUAAUCCUUUCAUCAAUGAUUUCCGUAGAUUGAGUGAUGAGCCUUCAGUCAACGCUCAUUUGGAAUUUGAAGUGACCAGCAGAUCUACCCAUGGCCCUGUUCUUGGAGAUAGGCAAACAGGCAUUGAAGUGCACGCUGUAUUGAGCAAUGAAGACACCAUAACUGAUCCAAGAAAAUUGACCAUCUGGAAGAAGAGUGAUAGGCGUCCGUCUUCCGUUGACCUCUUUAGCCCCUUAAUGGAGCCUUUCCAAUAUCCGUUGCUCUAUCCUCAAGGUAAUUUAGGGUGGCAUAUUGGGCGCUUAGACAACCACGGGGGGAAACUUUCACAAUACAAUUACUCUAGAUGUCUCCUCCUCUCCGAUCCCCGUUUCUCGCAUUUCGGCAGGCUGUCUCAAGCAUGGCAGGUUGAGAUGUUCGCGAGGUACGAGGAGGAGCGUCUAAGAUUUAUUCGUUUCUCCCAAACGCGUUCUGCUGCUCAAAAUUCCUUGAGGAUAGGACCACUGGACGAGCUCCUUGAAGCUCAACGGGGUAGGCAAGCUGGUGGGCAGGUUUUAGGCGACAUCACCCGCGAUGAAACAGUCUUGGGUGAGGGUGGGGUGCAGGCUGGAAAAGUUUACCUCCCAAGUUCGUUUACCGGUGGACCCAGAUACAUGAAGGUACAUUACGAGAACGCAAUGGGCCUUGUGUCUCGUCUGGGUUCACCUACGUUUUUCCUGACGUUCACCUUCAGUGCUACUUGGGAGGAAAACAAGAAGGCCUGCCCUCACAACAGCGGGCGCAGUGACCCCUCAACAGCCUGCAGAAUCUUCCAGAUUAAACUUGGCGAACUCCUCCGAGAUCUGCGCAGCGGAGCAAUGUUUAGCCGUCCGGCACGUGACAUUGACUCCGUAAUACGCGCAGACAUCCCUUCGGAGGAGGAAGCCGCUGGAAGACUCAGGAAGUUGGUGCUGAAACACAUGAUUCAUGGUCCAUGUGGUACUGACCACCGCACCGACUUUCUGUGCUGGGACUCUGCAAAGGGGCACUGCAACAAGUUCUACCCCAAGCCUGCCUGCCAAACCACCCACGUGGACGAGAGGGGGUUCGUCCAAUACAAACGAGACUACACAAACGAAGGCUUUAUCACAUCACGUAGGAGACAGAUCAAAGUGCAUGAUGGCUGGGUCGUUCCGUACAAUUCCGCAUUACUGCUCAAAUACGAGGCGCACAUAAACUUGGAGCUUGCUUCUACUCGUCGCGUAAUCAAGUACCUCUUUAAGUACCUCAUGAAAGGCGGUUCUCUCCAGAACGUAACCGUCACUCCCCUGGGGAAACAAGAGGAUGAGGUCGAGCAUUACGUGACGAAGAGAAUGGUGGGUGCCAGCGACGCAUGCUGGCGUCUUCUCGACUUUCCUGUGUCAAAGCUCGAGCCCACCGUUGACUGUCUUCCCGUGCAUUUAGAGGGCAAACAAAGUGUUGUCUUUCGGCCGAGACAGCUCUCUGAUGCAGUCACUCAAGCAAGCUCCAAGCUUAUGGUCUACUUCAAUCGCCCGCACCAUGAAACUUUUGACAAUGUCACGUACCAGACAUUUUACGAGAAGUUCAUGGUGCACACUAAGCGCCCACGUACUGCGGAAUUGUACGAACACCCCGAUGGCCAUCACUUUGUAACGACUCGCCAGCGUGGUGAGAAGGUAUGUAGGUUGAUGUGGGUCUCUCCCAACCGAGGAGAACAAUACUACCUUCGUAUUCUACUUAUGUCUACACCUUGCCGCGGUUACGUUGAUCUUCUGGCUCGUGGCGGUCCUGGUUGCCGGACGUUUCAGGACGUAGCCCGCAAUCUCGGCCUGGUGGAAGACGAAGAAGAAUACAAUCACGCGCUGCGCGAGGCAUCUACGUUUAUGACUGGACCUAGGCUCCGUUCCUUCUUCGUGAUCCUCUGCAACAUGGGAGCUCCCGCUGCUCUUCUGUGGGAGUCUUUCAAGAACCACCUUAGCGAGGAUCACUUAGAAAGGAACCCUCUCGACCCUGAACUGGCGGUGAAACUUACCUUGAUAGACAUCGAUCGGAGCCUCCGCCAGCAGGGAUCGUGCUUGAAAGAUCAUGGACUCCCCUACGUCGAGGAUGACACGACUGAGUUAGGUAGAGAGCUACUCAACUACGGCGAGAACCUCCAGCGAACCAUCGUUGAGGACUGGGUGCCAAAACUCUCCCCAGACCAGCGCCGUGUGUUUGAGUACGUUCGCUCUCUGCUUCUCAACCCCCGUGACCGACGCACUUCUAGAAUCAUAUUUCUGGACGGUCCCGGGGGUUAUGGGAAGACCUCUCUGAUUCGUGUCAUCCUUGCGUAUGUCCGUGGUUGUCGACAGGUUGCACUCGCCGUGGCUAGCUCAGGGAUUGCUGCAAGGAACAUGGCUGGAGGAACAACAGCACAUAGCAUGUUCCGACUCCCUCUAGACCUAGGUCACGGCACAGGUGUGUGGAACAUCACCAACGGGUCCCAGCGAGCAGAACUCAUCAGAGCAGCACAGCUCAUUGUGUUUGAUGAGGCCCCGAUGGCACACCGCUACAUCUUCGAGAUGAUCGACAGAUCCCUCCGGGAUCUCAUGAAUAGUAGUGUGCCAUUCGGGAAUAAGAUCUUCAUCUGCUCCGGGGACUUCCGUCAGAUUGCGCCCGUCGUUGAGAAGGCUCGCACACCAGCUGAUGUCGCGUGCGUGUCACUUCGGGCGUCACAUCUGUGGCGACUGUUCACACUAUUUUCCCUGACGACACCCCAGAGAACUAGUGGUUCCAUUGACUACUCCAACUUCCUACUUGGAGUAGGCAAUGGAACAAUAAAUCCUUUACUUUUUGGAGAAGGCCGCGAGAGAGAUUCUCUCAUUCCCCUCACUGGGGUGAGAUGCCUCACUUCUCUCGCGGACUUAAUAACGGAUGUGUUUCCUCCUGGUGUUCUGCGAGAUCCUGAUCUUUGUGCGAGACGGGCAAUACUCUCAACUCUGAAUGUGAACGUCAAGGAGAUCAACGGUCGCAUCCUAGACCUCAUGGACGGGCGCAUUCAUGAGUUGAGAAGCGCGGACACCGUGGACAGAGAAGACGACGACGGGCUGGAUGUGGACGUAAAUCUCCUCAACCAGGCCACUGGCAAAGGAGUGCCAGAUCACGUCCUGCGUCUCAAGGUCGGCUCCGUAUGCUUAAUCAUGAGAAACUUAAAUAUCGGUGAUGGACUCGUGAACGGCACCAAAGUCAUUGUGACGGCGAUCAGCAGCCGACUGAUCACCGUCAGACUUAUCGGCAACACGCAACCUAUCGGAAUUCCCCGGAUUACGUUCAGGUUCGCGUUUGCCGAAGGAUCGCCGCUCCGGGUUUGUCGCCGUCAGUUCCCCCUCAUGUUGGCGUACUGCAUGACUGGUCACAAGAGCCAAGGCCAGACAAUUGAGUACGUCGGAGUCGACCUGAGAACGGACUGCUUCACUCAUGGCCAGCUCUACGUCCUGUUGAGCAGAGUGAGACGUCCAGACGACAUCGUCGUUCUUGUACCAGACGACAGAAUAGUAGAAGGAGUCGCCUAUGCAAAGAAUAUUGUAUAUGACGAGCUCCUUCUAAACACUGAUUAA